AUGCCGACGCCGGUGAGCUCAGCACGGCAAUGCCUGGCGGGGGAGGCGGCCGCCGCCCUCGAUGAGGCCGUCUCCAUCGCGCGGCGCCGGGCCCACGCGCAGACGACCUCGCUCCACGUCGUCUCCGCCCUUCUCUCCCUGCCUUCGUCCUCCUCGUCGCUCCUCCGCGACGCCCUCUCCCGGACUCGCAGCGCCGCCCACUCCCCCCGCUUCCAGUUCAAGGCCCUCGAGCUUUGCUUUUCCCUCGCUCUCGACCGCCUCCCCUCCGCGGCCACUGGGGGAAAGAACAGCCCGUACCAGGGCCUGGCGGAGCCCCCCAUCUCCAACUCCCUCAUGGCGGCCAUCAAGCGCUCCCAAGCCACCCAGCGGCGCAAUCCCGACACCUUCCACCUCUACCAGCACUACCAGCAGCUCCAAGAACAGAGCUCCUCUUCCGUCGGCGUCAAGGUGGAGUUGCAGCAGCUGGUCCUCUCCAUUCUAGACGACCCCAUCGUAAGUCGCGUGUUCGCCGACGCUGGCUUCCGUAGCUACGACAUUAAAUUCGCCGUCCUCCACCCGCCACCGUCCAUCCUCCGGUUACCCCGUGCCGCCCGGUGCCCGCCCCUCUUCCUCUGCAACUUCUCCAUCGACGUCGACCUCACGUCGAGUCCGCAUCUCUACUCAGACGUCGCUGACGAGAACUGCCGACGGAUCGCAGAGGUGCUCGUGAGGAAGGCGCAUCGGAAUCCGCUACUCGUCGGCAUCGGCGCCGCCGACGCUACCUUGGACUUCGAGAGGGCCGUCAACCAGCAGAACUGGGUCGUCUUCCCUCCCGAGGCCCGUGGAGUGAAGUUCUUCAGCGUUGAGAAGGACCUGUUGGAGUACGCCCGGGGGGGCCGGGAGAGACCGUGGCUGGACUCCAGAUUCAGAGAGCUGGGGCUCCGGGUGGCGGCGGAGGCGUGUGGAUCAUCGCCGGGCAUCGUCCUGAGUUUCGGGAACCUGAAGCUUCUUGUGGACGUCGUUGGCGAAGGCGAUGGCUGGAGAGGGUGAGCCAUGUGGCGUCGGAGCUGACGAGGCUGUUGGACGGCCAUCCGGGGAAGCUCUGGUUGAUCGGGUCGGCGGCUACCUACGAGACCUACAUGAAGUUCUUGUCGCAGUAUCCAUCUGUGGACAAGGACUGGGAUCUGCAGCUCUUGCCUAUUUCCUCCCCCAAACUUGGAUCUGGGGGGAAUCUUCCCCAGACCCAACAGGUUUGUCCUUCUCCAUGACCCCCCUUCGCUUAGCCUCUUGGCCUUCUCUGGCAUGUCAGCCAUUUCUUUCUUCUUUCUAGCACAUAUUCCCCCUCAAUUGUGAUUUAUAAUCGCCGUUAAGGUUUAUGAACCCUAACUGUUCGGAUUUCUCGUUGAUGAUUUUUUUUUCUUGAUUUCUGAAACUUUGCUCAUCAGUGGGAUACGAUAAGGAAGCGGGCGAUUAUCAUGUGUCUCAUUUAAUGCUUACUUUGAUGUUUGUAGCCUCUGAUAAUUCGUGAGAUAUAAAUCUGGGCCAUUUUUACAAUUCAACAUUAAAUUAUUUUAAAUUUCUGUUAUCUGGUAUGUUAUCUAAGCAGGUGGGUCUUCUUCUUGCUACAUUUUCUUUCGUAUGGGACGAACAUACAGUUCCAUAUUAAUCUCUCUAUCUCUUUCCCUCUUCAGGAGUAUUUUUUUUUUCGUAUGAUUGAUGUUAGAUAAUUAAGACUUUGAAGAUCUACGGCCGUCUCCCCCUCCUAAUCAAUUGCCUACGACCUAGUUCAGGGAUUCCAAUGCGAAUGCUAUUUUUUUUUCCUUCCUAACUUGGCUAUUUUUCAAAACUAUCUUUUCAUGUUUUCACAUAUUUAUAGUAAUUUUUCUAAUUACCUGAGUCUUCUGGGGAUGAUUUGACUGUGCUGAUCUGUCAAAGAAAAGUGGGUUUACUGGUAGGGGUCUUAAUGGGCCGAGUAGGCUUAUCCCCAGCUAUGCUGGUUCGGGUUUUUUAUGCCAAGCAAAAAGCGCGGGGGUCCAUCUCUUGCCACGUGGCAUCCCCAUUGUCACCAUGGAGCAGCUGGUGUGUCUCCCUCUACGGUAGGAGCACAUAGAGGCCCAGGUUGGAAUUUUCCUGGGCUUUUCUCUGGACCUAAUCAUGAGCGUAGUAGACAGGUCUCAUACUCUCUUUUUUCAUUUUUUUUUUCUUUUCGUGAGCUUUGCCACCUGUACAGUUCGAAGUGUUUCUCCCACUGUAGGACAAUGGCGUGUACAGUUUUUUUUUUUUUUUUUUUUCAAAUUUAUGAGUAUUUAAAAUGAUCAUCUCCAAGCGUACCCACCGAAUUAUCUUGUUAAUCAUCUGUCUUAGAGUCAUUAAUCUCACUUCCCCAUCGAUCCUCCUCGCGAUCUCUCCAUGUCUCACUGUGGUUCUCUGUCACUUCUGUGGAUGCUUGCAGCUUGAUGGACUCAUUUGUUCCACUUGGGGGCUUCUUCCCCGUCCCACCCAACUCUCUCUCUCCUCAGAGAGGCCAGUGCCAUUCAGUCCCCUGCCAUCUUUGCUCCGACAAGUAUGAACAGGAGCUUGCCUCCUUGUUGGACCGGUUUUUCUGAGAAGCACCCGGGGAUCUCACCUCAUCAGCUGACGCAGACUGGGUCGACCGCCAUGAACGUGAAUAUAGAUUCAGACAAGGUGUGUUCCUGUUGAGAUCUUCUCUACGUCUUAUUGCUGUGAUUUGUUCCAGAACACCUUCCUCUCUCUAGUACUUCUCGCCAGUUGCUUUAAUAGAUGUGCUCUCUCUCUUCAGUGCAGGCCAAGGAUGAUGGAGCAACAUUAAACGCUAAAAUCAUUGACCUGAGGAAGAAGUGGAGUGAUAUCUGCCUGGGCCAGCAUCGAAGGCGCCGGAUGGUGGCCUCUGAUGAUCGUUGGUUGGGUUCAGAAGCAUUCCCUGGUAUGAUGGGUCUUCAGAAUAAGGUAGAGUGCGGCGUUCAGGCAAAGGACAAUUGUGAUGGACCUUCAAAGGAAGAUCACCCGGGAAGGUAUAUCGCCUGUGGAAGCAGACUUGCAGAGAACCAGUCUGGCAACCUCAAGAGGACCGGCUCUGCUUGUUGCUGAACUUGAUGAGGGAAAUUCGGACGGGAAACCGCUGCAAAAGGCGACUUUCUCCAUCUUUCUAAUGUGGGCGCACCUGAUGAACUCACAUCGCCUUCGUCUGUGAGCUCCGUGUCCACGGAUCUGAUGCUGGGAACUGUCCACUCUCCCCUCGGUGUUAUCAGUAAGGAGAAAUCUGUGUUGAAGCUCACCGAGCCCAUAGGAGAUGAUUCAGUAGCUUCCGUCCAGCAUCCCGCUCGCUGGGUUUGCUCUGAUUCUCCGCUGCUUGUCACGAGCCUCCAAGUGCAAGCUGCUGCCGCCGGUGGAUCUGCCUGCGACCGGCGAAGCCCGUGCCCGUCCAGCGUCAGCGGAGAUUUCAAAGGUUUCUUCAGGAGCCUCUCAGAAAAAGUCGGCCGGCAGGAAGACGCCAUAUUUUCUAUAUGUGAAACCAUCUCGCGCUGCAGGAAUGGAAACGAGAGGACUCCGCGGCUCGACCCCAAGGGGGGACGUCUGGUUCAGCUUCCUUGGUCCGGAUAAAUUUGGAAAAAGGAGGGUUGCAGCAGCUCUUGCAGAGUUGCUGUUUGGCUGUAGAGAAAGAUUGGUUUGCGUCGAUCUGAGCUUGGAAGAUGCUCUCACUCACCGCAACGCUGUUUGUGAAAAGCAUGCGGUCGACAAAUUUGAUUUGAAUCGCAGGGGCAAGACUGUUGUAGAUCACAUUGCUGAGGAAAUAAGGAGGAGGCCGUGGUCGGUUGUCCUCGUAGAAGGCCUGGACAAGGCCGAUGUACUGGUUCAGAGCAGCCUAUCCCGAGCCAUCAAAUCGGGCAAGUUUCACGAUUCUCAUGGAAGAAGAUCGACAUCAAUAAUGUAGUCGACAUCAAUAAUGUAGUCUUUGUCACGACAGUGGCCGACAUCAAGGGCAAGGGGGCUUUCCAAAGCAGGGGACACGCCAAGUUCUCCGAAGAGAGAAUCCUCGCCGCAGAAGCGAGGCAGAUGAAGAUCCUGAUCGAUACCUCUCUUGACUCUGCAGGCAGAAAUGCGGAUAUUGGCCCAUCCGGCAUGCCAAAAAACAGAUUGAGGAGAUCCAGCGUGUUCGUCAGUAAACGGAAGCUAAACACAACUGAAUGUGGGGAAGAGAAGCGGGAAUUCGUUGGGUCAGCGAAACGGGCCAACACGAUUUCAAGCACCUUCUUGGACUUGAACCUUCCCGUCGAAGAGAUGGUGUCGGCUGAUACCGAUAGUAGCAAUGGCUGCGUCUCUGACAACCAGGACUCCUGGAUGGAGGAAUUCCAUGAUGCCGUCGAUGAAACUGUGCUUUUCAAAGGUUUCGAUUUUGAUGCCCUCGCCGGCGAAACGUUGCAAGAGAUUGAGAAGAGCAUCCAUGCGGCAAUCGGCUUCUCGUUUGCUCUGGAGAUCGAACCAAAGAUUAUGGAUCAGAUUCUUGCGGCUGCGUGGAUAUCGGAGAGCGGAUCUCUGAAGAACUGGUUGCAGCAGGUUCUUGUGAGGAGCUUGGUCGAGGCCCAACAAUCUUACCGCCUCUCGGCUUCGUCUGUUGUGAGACUCGUUGCCUGUGAGGAAACCGGCGUAGGAAAAGAAGACUGCCAUGCACCAGAGAUCCCGCUUCCUUCGCGAAUUCUUCCCUGUGAGCUGAUUUGCCACAGUUUCCUGUAG